AUGAACCUCGAGGACGACCCAACAUCAGACUAUGAUGAGUCCAUCGCUGAUUCAGAGUUUACCUCGGUGUCCGAGUCUCGCUUAGAACACACAUACGAGAAUGGGAGGAGAUACCAGGGCCUGGUGAAGGAUCGAUAUGGCCUCCCAAACGACGACACCGAGCAGCUGCGAGAAGGGCUCAAGCACAAACUCUACAUGGACUACAUCUUCGAGGGAAAGAUCUGCUCCGCCCCCAUCGGGGACCACCCUCAGAAGAUUGUGGACCUGGGGACUGGGUUUGGAUUCUGGGCGUCAGACGCUGCUGAGAAGUACCCCGGCACACGCAUCAUCGGGACCGACAUCUCCCCCAUCCAGCCCUUGUGGGCUGCGCCGAAUGUCGAGUUCCACGUGGAAGACUUGGAAGAUGAGGUCCGGCCGUGGACGAGCAUAUACGGCGGCGCGGACCUCUUCUUCAUCCGGGCAACGGUCCAGACUCUCCGCCACCCGCGCCGCCUGAUCGAGAGAUGCUUCGAGAACUUGAAGCCCGGUGGUUGGAUCGAAUGCCACGACGUGGUCACCAGGAUCUACGCCGAGAACGACGCCUUCGACACGACAAACCACCCGAUGACCAGGCUCUACUCCCUCGUGGCCGGGCCCUUCUCCGAGGUCUUCGGCUGGAACCUCUUCUUCCCCGACGAGAUGCCCACCGUCCUGCGGGAGACGGGCUUCGUCAACGUCCAGGUCCGGCACAAGCGCCUGCCCAUCGGGCGCUGGCACCACGACGCCCGUCUGCGGGAGAUCGGCUCCUUUGCGCAGUCGAUAGUCGAGGACUGGGGCAGCGCGAUGAUGGCGAAACACGAGGUCAUGGGACUUUCGAGCGACGAGGCGAACCAGCUUCUGCAGGAUCUCUUUGACAGCUUCAACGACCUGUCCUUGCAUGGCAUGUUUGAUUGGGUUGAGUUUCUGGGGCAGAAACCCCAAUGA